AUGUCCAGUUGGCUCAACUGGGUCGGCGGCAAGCGCGAGAACAAAAGCACGGCCAAAGAUGCGAUUAUUGGGCUACGCGAACAGCUGCAUUUGUUAACAAAAAAAGAGGAGCAUUUGCUUUCUAAGAUCGAUGAGGAGCAGCGCAAGGCGAAAGCAAAUGUUACGACUAACAAGCGCGCGGCGCAAGCAGCGCUCCGGCAGAAAAAGAUGUACGAGACGGAGCUUGAUCGGCUUGCGGGAAAUCGCAUGACGCUUGAGACACAGGUGAAUACGAUCGAGAACGCGAAUAUGAAUCUGGAGACAAUGCGCGCCAUGCAGCGCGGCUCCGCGGCACUUCAAGCCAUCCAUAAAAACAUGGAUAUCGACAAGGUCGACAAUACCAUGGACUCCAUCCGCGAGCAGAUGACGCUGUCCAACGAAAUUUCCGAGGCGAUCUCGAACCCCGUCGGGAUGGGCACGGAAUUGGACGAGGACGAACUAAAAAACGAGCUGCAGGAACUUGAGCAGGCGGAGCUCAACGAGCGGCUCGUCGGUGCCGAUGCGGUGCCGGCGCAUACGUUGCCCAUAUCGACCGCCACACCUAGCCGUGCUUCACAUGCAGCACCCAGCACCCAGGAUGAGGAUGAGGAGCUGAGGGCGUUGCAGGCAGAGCUUGCUAUGUAA